AUGGCCCUGAAUCACAGCAGCUACCGAAUCGGCUGGAUAUGCGCUUUGCCUAUCGAAAUGGCCGCAGCGAGAUGCCUCUUAGAUGAAUCUCACCCCGAUCUCGAACAACCCCGCACCGAUACAAACAGCUACGCACUUGGAAGUAUCAAUUCACAUAAUGUUGUGAUCGCGUGUCUUCCUUCCGGGGUAUAUGGUACUACCUCCGCAGCCAUCGUCGCAAAGCAGAUGAUCACGACGUUCCCUAAUCUUUCUUUCGGGCUGAUGGUGGGAAUUGGGGGCGGCGUCCCUCCUAUCUCACGAUCGACGCCGGAUAUCCGUCUAGGAGACAUUGUUGUUGGCAUCCCCAGCGGUUCAUUUGGGGGUGUCGUCGCAUAUGACUACGGCAAGACAAUCGCGGAUGGUGAUUUCCUGCCGACGGGCUCGUUGAAUCACCCUCCUUUCAGCGUUCUCACGGCAGUCAGUAACCUCCGUGCGUCACAUCUUGUUGAUAAGGGUCUUGUCGGAGGGAUAAUCGACAAUGCCGUUUCUCAGUAUCCAAAUUUUAAGUCACCGGGCCCUGAGUACGAUAUCCUUCAUGAUACUUGUACCAAUCCAGAUCUGCCUAUCAAUGAAGCGCCCGUUGUGAAGCGUGCAGCACGCCCGUCUGAUCUUCCACAAAUACAUUAUGGAACGAUCGCUUCUGGAAACCGUCUUAUAAAACACGGGAAGACUAGAGAUCAAUUGGCCGCUAAGCAUGACAUUCUUUGCGUCGAAAUGGAAGCUGCAGGGCUGAUGGAUCUCGAUAACUUCCCUUGCUUGGCCAUUCGAGGAAUCUGUGAUUACGCCGAUGAAUUCAAGGCCAAGGAAUGGCAACCCUAUGCAGCAAUUGCCGCUGCAGCCUAUGCAAAAGAGCUACUGAGCGUCAUUCCCAAAGCCCAUGUCGACUUGACAGUCGCUUCGACCGAUUCGACAGAGACUUUAGUUGCCACUUGUGCUCCUCCUCUACCUUCUGAGAUCUUGCACCAUAUUUUCCCCGUGGAAAAGAACUUUAUUGGUAGCCUCAUAACGGAUACGUUAUCCCCACGACAAAAUUUUUACUCCUUGCCGACUUCCCCAUCUACUACCCAGCUCGCUGUCAUUCACCAAUCAGUCCCACACACCAUCAACCUUUCCGUCAUCGGAUACACGACCUUUCUCUCAAACAAGUCUGCAAAGGGUGACCAUGCCUCCGAAGCCGACCACUCUAUCACAGUCGACCGCUCCAGCUCAUGCACGCUAAACAAUUCUAAUGACUGGUUCGAAGCAAUGAGCUCCAAGAGAAAAACACGACAGUGGGUGGAAAAGCAAAUCGAACGCUCGAAUGAGCAAAUAUACUUAGUAGUCGGAUUUCGGAGCAUGUGGCACCGGGACAUAGACUCCUCGUUCAAGACCAGCGAACAGAGCGAUACUAGUGCUCUACCCUGCAUUGGUGAGGCGGUUUACGCCGUGCAGUACCGAAAACUCAAAUUCAAAUGGUACCGCAGAAAGGAUAUAGACGCGGCUAGUCUGCAGAAGGGGAAUUGCUGGCAAAGCUUGUAUACUUCUCGUGGUGAUGAUGAUGAGGACGAUGAGGCGGAGGAUUAUUUGGAGGUCACUUUGAGUGAUGAUGUGGAAGCAUCUUGA